ACCAGCAGACACUGCGGCCCUCCAGGACUGGGGUUUGACACCCCUGUUCUAAUCCAUCACGCUAGGAGGCCAGCAGUUCCCUCUUGGGAGAAACAAGUGGUGGGUCGUCCAAUAGCAACUGGCAACCCUGAUGUCUUGAAUUCGCUGCUUGUGGGCGUUCAGUACCAGAGGGAGACUGAGAAUGGCUGGAACCGUGUGGAGGUCAACGCUGUGGCGUCUCAUGGGGGCCAUGAAGACUCCGGGCCCUCAGCAUUCCCGGCCUUUUACCAGAGGGAUUCAGACCGUGACGUUGAUCCCGGGAGAUGGGAUUGGCCCGGAAAUUUCUGCUGCUGUUGUAAAGAUUUUUGAAGCUGCCAAGGCACCUAUUCAGUGGGAGGAGAAGAAUGUCACUGCCAUCAAAGGGCCUGGAGGCAGGUGGAUGAUCCCCCCUGAGGCCAAAGAGUCCAUGGACCGAAGCAAGAUCGGCUUGAAAGGGCCCCUGAAGACCCCCAUUGCAGCUGGCCACCCCUCCAUGAACCUGCUGCUGAGAAAGACCUUUGACCUCUACGCCAACGUGCGCCCCUGCAUGUCCAUCGAGGGCUAUCAGACCCCCUACACUGGCGUGGACCUGGUGACCAUCCGCGAGAACACGGAGGGGGAGUACAGUGGAAUCGAGCAUGUGAUCGUGGACGGGGUUGUGCAGAGCAUUAAGCUCAUCACGGAGGAGGCCAGCAGGCGCAUCGCUGAGUACGCCUUUCAGUACGCCAGGAACAACCAAAGAGCCGGCGUCACGGCCGUCCACAAAGCCAACAUUAUGCGCAUGUCUGACGGCCUGUUCCUGAGGAAGUGCAGAGAGGUGGCGGAGGGCUACAAGGACAUCAAGUUCACCGAAAUGUACCUGGACACCGUGUGUCUGAACAUGGUUCAAGACCCCACACAAUUCGACGUACUCGUGAUGCCCAAUCUUUACGGCGACAUUUUGAGCGAUCUGUGUGCUGGUCUGAUCGGCGGUCUGGGAGUCACUCCGAGCGGCAACAUCGGCACCAACGGCGUCGCGAUAUUCGAAUCGGUGCACGGGACAGCCCCGGACAUCGCCGGGCUGGACCUGGCCAACCCCACCGCCCUGCUCCUCAGCGCCGUCAUGAUGCUCCGGCACAUGGGCCUGCACGACCACGGCCGGAGGAUCGAGACGGCCUGCUUCAGCACCAUCAGAGACAAGAAGGUGCUGACCAAGGACCUUGGAGGAAAUUCAAAGUGUUCCGAAUUCACAAAUGAAAUCUGUCAGAGAAUACAAGACAUGGACUGAGACCGGCUGACCUGGACUGAGACCGGCUGACCUGGACUGACGCUGCUACAGAAACACACUCACCCUGCUCAGAUCAUUCUCCUCUCCCGGGCACAGCCGGGAGACACUGCUACAGAAACACACUCACCCUGCUCAUAUCAUUCUCCUCGCCCGGGCACAGCCGGGAGACACUGCUACAGAAACACACUCACCCUGCUCAGAUCAUUCUCCUCUCCCGGGCACAGCCGGGAGACACUGCUACAGAAACACACUCACCCUGCUCAUAUCAUUCUCCUCUCCCAGGCACAGCCGGGAGAGCUGCUCACACCCACGUGUCUGGACUACCUACAGCCUUUAAAAUGGCUCCAUUUCUUACAGUAAAUCUUUUGUAUUUCUUCAAAAGCACCGUCUCACACAAGCCUGUUUGUUACUGUAAUGCCACUGAGUCAUUAACGGUUUUGUUUGAAUUGCUGCUUGCAUGUUCUCUAUUUAUUUGAUGAUUUUCCGGCUUUUGUCAGAUAAUUUUAUACUUUCCUAAUCCGCUGUUUACGGUCAAUUGUUUAAGAUCACAUAUAUUAAAAAGGAAGGGACAUUUUGAA